AUGUAUCAUCAUCAUCACCAAGCAAAAAAUAUUCUCUCUUCUUCAAGAAUGUCAAUACCAUCUGAGAGGCACAUGUUUCUUCAAACAGGAAAUGGAUCUAGUGAUUCUGGACUUGUUCUCUCAACUGAUGCUAAGCCUAGAUUAAAAUGGACACCUGAUCUUCAUGCAAGGUUUAUAGAAGCUGUCAAUCAGUUAGGUGGAGCUGACAAAGCUACUCCAAAAACAGUGAUGAAACUCAUGGGAAUUCCGGGACUUACCUUAUAUCAUCUAAAGAGCCAUCUUCAGAAGUAUAGAUUGAGCAAGAAUCUGCAUGGACAAAGCAACAAUAAUAACGUGACACACAAAAUAAACACACAUUCGGCUUCCGGAACUGAUGAGAGGCUUUCUGAUCAAACCAAUGGAACUCACAUCAAUAAAUUAACCCUUGGACCGCAACCUAAUAACAACAACAAAGAUUUACACAUAAGCGAGGCCCUGCAAAUGCAGAUUGAGGUUCAGAGAAGGCUCAAUGAACAACUUGAGGUACAAAGACACUUGCAGCUUAGGAUAGAGGCACAAGGAAAAUACCUUCAAUCAGUGCUUGAGAAAGCUCAAGAAACACUUGAAAUGAAAGAGUUACAAGGUUUUUGUCCUCAACAAAUACAAAUCACAAACCAACCAAACGACGGCUCGAUGGACAGUAGCUGCUUAACAUCGAGCGAACGAUCACAAAAGGAACACGAGAUCAUUCAAAAUGGAGGGUUUGGUUUAAGACACUUCAACAACAAUAACAACAACAAUAAUCAUGCGUUCAUGGAAAGAAAAGAACAACAAUUAUCAGAAGCAGCUGCUUCUAUGCAAAACCUUAGAAACACUGAAGUACUAAAAUGGUGUGUUGAUGAAGUGAAAAAGAACAGCAAUUUUCUCACCCCUUUAGAAAGAAAUCAUGGAAACUUGUCUAUGAACAUUGGAGUUGAACAAAAUCACUUAGAUGUUGGUGAGUUUCAACACAGAAGUACUGCAAGAACAGAAUCAAUGAAACCAAUGGAUGAUAAUAACAAGAUUCAACAACCUUCUAAUUACUUUUCAGCUUCAAGAUUGGAUCUAAACAGUCGUGGAGAUAAUAAUGAAGGUGCUACAAGUUGUAAACAACUUGAUUUGAAUAGGUUCAGUUGGAACUGA